AUGAGUGCAUGGCGGGCGGCCGGCAACGCCCGGGACCGCGCGAAUGAGUUCCAGCAGCUCGCCAAGCGCCUAGAGCAGACGUCCCAGGGUCAGGCUAGCGCGCAGAAUGAAGCAGCUGCGCCGCUGCUGCCGCCCAUGCCGAAGGGGAACCCGGCGGAGCGGUCCGAGUUCGCGCGCCGCGCCACCCGCAUCGGCAUGGGCAUUCACCAAGUUGCUGGGAAGCUGCAGAAGCUCAGCCAGCUCGCACGGCGCACUUCGAUGUUCGACGAUCCGACGGAGGAGAUCAACGAGCUCACGGUGGUCGUCAAGCAGGACAUUCAGACGCUGAACGGCGCCAUUGGCGACCUCCAGUCGCUUGCCACCAGCCUCAAGGAGGGACACUCGAACAAGCAGAGCCAGGACCACUCCAGCACCGUCGUCGACUCGCUGAGGACAAGGUUGAAGGACGCGACGAUGCAGUUUAAGGACGUCCUGACGCAGCGCACGCACAGCCUCAAGGACCAGGAGGGGCGCCGGCAGAUCUUCUCCACACACAAGGCGCAGGGGGCGGGGGGCGAGCGCGCGCUGCCCAAGCUGACGGUGCCGGGCGCGCCCGGGGCCGGCGGCGUGCCGUCGUUCCUGCAGGGCGCGGUGCCAGACGUCGAGCAGGGCAUGAGAUGGACGACGACGAGCUCGAAGGCUUCAAUGUUGGCGACGCUGUCAACGAGAUGA